GGGAUCAACCCGCAAGGAAACGCCCAGGCAGUCUCGGAAAGGAGAAACGAAACUUAAAAAGAGGGUGUCUCUUAGGGCUCUCCAGGGAGACGCAGCGAUGGCUGCCGUGCAAGGGCUCUGCGAUGAAGCGACGUGCUCCGUCUGCCAGGACUACUUCCGAGACCCGGUGACUCUGGACUGCGGGCACAACUUUUGCCGCGCCUGCCUGGCGGGUCUCUGGGAAGGGUCCGGCCCCGACUCUCCCUCCUGCUGCCCGGAGUGCAAAGAAGCCGUGCAGCCCAGGAACUUCAAGCCCAACCGGCAACUGGCCAACGUCGCGGAGCUGCUCAAGAAACUCCAGGAAGGAGAAGGAGGAGGAAGGCGCGCAUCAGGCGCGGGGCAGUGGCGGAUGUGCCAAGCGCACCAGGAGCCGCUGAAGCUCUUCUGCAAGGACGACGAAGCGCCCAUCUGCGUGGUAUGCGACAGGUCCAAGGAGCACCGCGAACACCGCGUGUGUCCCAUGGAAGAGGCGUCCCAAGAGUACAAGGUAGGGAAGUCACCGCGGUUGGGUGGGUAUCUGCCGGGAUAGCGCCACGCGCUUUUACGCGCUGAGGCUCACUACUUGCGCGCACUGUUGUCAUUUAGUUGUGUCUGACUCUUCAUGACCCCAUGGACCAGAGCACGCCAGGCACUCCUGUCUUCCACCGCCUCCCGCAGUUUGGUCAAACUCAUGCUGGUAGCUUCAAGAACACUGUCCAACCCUCUCGUCCUCUGUCGUCCCCUUCUCCUUGUGCCCUCCAUCUUUCCCAACAUCAGGGUCCUUUCCAGGGAGUCUUCUCUUCUCACGAGGUGGCCAAAGUAUUGGAGCCUCAGCUUCAGGAUCCAGUGAGCACUCAGGGCUGAUUUCCUUCAGAAUGGAUAUUCAAAAGCAUCAAUUCUGCAUCAAUCAGCCUUCUUUAUGGUCCAGCUCUCACUUCCAUACAUCAUUACUGGGAAAACCAUAGCUUUAACUAUAUGGGCCUUUGUUGGCAAGGUGAUGUCUCUGCUUUUUAAGAUGCUGUCUAGGUUUGUCAUUGCUUUUCUCCCAAGAAGCAGGCGUCUUUUAAUUUCAUGGCUGCUGUCACCAUCUGCAGUAAUCAUGGAGCCCAAGAAAGUAAAAUCUCUCACUGUCUCCAUUUCUUCCCCUUCUAUUUGCCAGGAGAUGGGACCAGUGGCCAUUAUCUUAGUUUUUUUGCUGUUGCGCUUCAGACCAUAUUUUGCGCUCUCCUUUUUCACCGUCAUUAAAAGGUUCUUUAAUUCCUCCUCACUUUCUGCCAUCAAGGUUGUGUCAUCUGCAUAUCUGAGGUUGUUGAUAUUCCUUAAAAAUAUAAAUUGCAAACUGGCCUUGUCAAACACCGACGUCGUGGGACAAAGGAAACUAUUGCCGUGAAAAAUCAAACAUGGAAAAUAAAAAGAAAGCAUUGCCAGAAACAUACAAGAUGCACCACAAACGAAUCGUUGUCAAGCGGUGCACCUCAGAGCCGUGCGCCUGAUAUAUCAAGCACGUGGGGUGGGGGACAGUGUGGAAGCUCGGAUGGAGGGCACCUUCUCUUGUUUUCUUUUUUGCGUAGGGUUGCGCCCCAGGAAGGUCAGGUCCGUGCUGCAAACAAAACAACGCAGGAGGCAGCGGACAGCUGUGAGUCACUGGUCUCUGUAGCUGCAGCAGGCAUUGUGACUGUGAUUCUCCAGGCACACUCCAUUGUCUCUCCAGGCAGACAAAUGUAUGGGUUUCCUAAGCUGUCUGUUGGCACCCGCCCACAGGGCCCUGUGCCUCCUGAUUUAAAAAAAUGUCUUUUUAAAUUGGUAGGGUGCCCUGUAGCACUGACUUCCAGCUGCCAAGGCUUUUAAUUCCCCUUCUCCGAAGAAACCUGGGCACAGGGGGCCUUCCAAGGAAGAGGGCAGGGCCGUUGGAGAUUUGCUUUCUGGCUGCCUACUAAAAGACUCUUUUUCUAAGGGGGGUGAGAAAGGGGAUUCCAGUGAUGCUUGAAGGGGUGGGGGGGACAGGGGAAGGGCAACCAGAGAGACUAGUGGUUGUGGCGUGUUUGUGGUGUGCGGCUAUGGGUGGGCCAAAUGAUGUGAAUCAUUCAAAGGUUCUGCCUUUGAAGACUGGGGUGUGACUACUUUUUGCAUUGGAAAUUGGUUUUGAUUUUUUUUUCCUUUUUAGCUAUGCAGAAUGCCAGAAUAGGAACCCAGCUCCAGUUUAGGAUUAUGUUGCUGUUGUUGUUGUUUAGUCGUGUCCGACUCUUCGUGACCCCAUGGACCAGAGCACGCCAGGCACUUCUGUCUUCCGCUGCCUCCCGCUGUUUGGUCAAACUCAUGCUGGUAGCUUCGAGAACACUGUCCAACCAUCUCGUCCUCUGUCUCCCCUUCUCCUUGUGCCCUCCAUCUUUCCCAACAUCAGGGUCUUUUCCAGGGAGUCUUCUCUUCUCAUGAGGUGGCCAAAGUAUUGGAGCCUCAGCUUCAGGAUCUGUCCUUCCAGUGAGCACUCAGGGCUGAUUUCCUUCAGAAUGGGGAGGUUUGAUCUUCUUGCAGUCCAUGGGACUCUCAGGGAGCAAAGACAAAAAAAAUCCUCUGCACCCCAUUCUGUGGUCCUGAUUUGAGCCAAGAUCCCUGGGCUGCCAAUUUGUGGGUCAAACUAGCACUCAUGAAGAUGGUGAGGGGAUUCCCCAAAAACCUUAAGAGUUGCUUUUGGGAGGAAUGGGGAGGGCAUAAAUGGGAAGGGGAGGAUGGGUGAAAGUGGGGAGCUAUGGUUUGCAGAAGAAAUUGUAGUUUCCAGUAAGGCAGAACCACCUGUGUGGUGUAUUGGUUUAGAGUGUUGGAGCAGGGCCAGGGUUCAAAUUCCCACUCGCUUGUGAAACUCAUUGGGUGACCUUGGGCCGGUCACUGCCUCUCAGCCUUGCCUACGGUAUCACAGGGCUGUUGUGGGGAUUAAAUGAGGAGGAUGGGGAGAACCACGUAUGCCAGCUAGAGUUCCUUUGGAAAAGAAGGUGGAAUAUAAAUGCAAUAAAUAAUAAAUACAUUAACCAUUAUUAUUAUUAAUAAUAAUUAAUUAAAUUUAUAUACCGACCUUCCCUCAAAGAUCUCAGGGCAGUUCAAAAUAUAAAAAAUGCAGAAUAAAAGCACAAAAUAAAUAGCUGGAAGCAAAACAAAAAAAACCCUCCCCCGCAAACACAUUUAAAUGGCUAUAAAUAAAAAAGCCAUAAAAUCAUAAAUCAUAAAAUACCAGGGUUAGCUAAUGUGAUAUCUUCCAGAUGUUGUCAGACUCCCAAGGCUGUGUGUACACACCAUAGGCUUAAAUCACACCACUUCACCCAAAGAAUCCUGGGAACCGUGCGAACGACAAUUCCCAGCACCCUUCACAAACUGCAGUUCCCAAAAUCCUUUUGGAAGGGAAAUGUGCUUUGAAUCUAUAGUGUGUGUGUGUGUGUGUGUGUGUGUGUGUGUGUGUGUACACAGCCCGACUCUCGCCAGCCCCAGCCAGCAUGGCCAAAUGAGUUUAGCCACAUCCGGAGGGCAAAAAGUUAGCUACUUUGAAGAUAGCUCAGUUGGCAUGAGACACUUAAUCUCGGAGUCAUGUGUUCGAGCCCCAUGUGGAGCAAAAGAUUCCUGCAUUGGAGGGGGUUGGACUAGAUGAUCCUUAUGGUCCCUCUCAACUCUACAAUUCUAUGAUGCUAUGAUUCUCCCCUAGCCCAUCGUUCUCUGAUCAGACGUGUAUUUUUUUUCCUGGGCAUCAGGUGGACUGACCUCUGAAUAAUUGAAAUUGAAAUACUUCAUUGCCACUUGUACAACUUGUAUACAGUGAGAUUACACGCGCACCCCCCACUCAGCUCUCUUAAUCUUAAUUCCCCUCGUUUACUGACGCACACCCACCAAACCUGGAAGUCAGUUGCCCUGUUGUGAUCUUUUCAUUCAGCAGCCUAACAGCCCAUGGAUAGAAGCUGUUCUUUACCCUGUUGGUGCGACUAAUCCUGCUUCUAUAUCUUCUGCCUGAGGGCAGACAAUCAAGAAAGUGCCGGCCAGGGUGUGAAUCAUCCCUGAGAAUUUUCCUCACUCUCCUGAGGCAAUGUUCUUCUGCUAUUUCAUCCAGCGGAUUCAUGGGACAGCCCAUAAUAUCUUGUGCUGGAUUCACCACCCUCUGUAGGAGGGUGAAUGUCGCAAAACUCUUUUAUAUUUUUUAAGGAACAAAUCAAGGCCCGCCUAGAGUCUCUGAAGGAUGAGAGAGAGAAACUUGUGGAGCAGAAAUUAGCCGAAGAGUUGAGGAGGCAGGAGUGUGUGGUAGGUAUUUGUUCUUGUGGACCAUGCAUUUAGACUCCCCAGGCCACCCUGUCACUAAAGAGAAAUAGCCUCCUGUUUGUUGGCUUGUAUUGGUGUUGUUCUGUGGAGGCUAUGGACUCCUUAGACUAGGAUGUACAGGGUGGAGCUGUUUGAUUGCUUUCCAGAAUGCCCAGCUGAGCUGCUGCUUGUCGCUUUUCAAGAACAUGGACAGGAAACAGAUUUGUCACAUACGCAUCCCUGUUUACACACACAUUCAGAUCACCUGUGUGUUGGCUCCCCAAAGUGGCAGCUUGUUGAUUGCCCAGAACACAGCUGCCGUUGGAGGACUGAUGAAUGGAAUGAACCGUAGGAUGAGUAAUAAAGUUCCACAGGGGACGGUACCUGUUUGUACCUGUUAGAAUGUGUUUAGAAAUCUGGGUGGGACGUAAGUGGCGCUGUGGUCUAAACCGCUGAGCCUCUUGGGCUUGCCGAUCAGAAGGUCGGCAGUUCGAAUCCCUGCGGCGGAGUGAGCUCCUGUUGCUCUGUCCCAGCUGCUGCCAACCUAGCAGUUUGAAAGCACACCAGUGCAAGUAGAUAAAUAGGUACCGCUGCGGUGGGAAGGUAAACGGCGUUUCCGUGCGCUCUGGUUUCCAUCACGGUGAUCCGUUGUGCCAGAAGUGGUUUAGUCAUGCUGGCCACAUGCUGUCUGUAGACAAACACUGGCUCCCUCAGCCUGCAAGCAAGAUGAGUGCCGCAACCCCAUAGUCGCCUUUGACUGGACUUAACCGUCCAGGGCUCCUUUACCUUUUUACCUUAGAUUAGUUGGGCAAAAUGCCCCAUUUCCUUAAUCUAUAGCAGUGUUUCCCAGACUGGCAUCUCCAGCUGUUUUCAGACUACAAUUCCCAUCACCCUGACCACUGGUCUUGCUAGUGAGGGAUGAUGGGAGUCGUAGUCCAAAAACAGCUGGAGACCCAAGUUUGGGAAACACUGAUCUACAGCUUAUGAAAGAGCUUUAUUAUGAACAGUCAGCAUGCUUUGACUGAAGCUCCUCGUCUCCCUUUGCCCCUUUCCAAAUUUCUCUGUAUUUCCCCCACUCUGCCCGCUUUCCUCCGGUAGGCGGGGUUAGAAAUGGAGAAGCAGAAGAUCAGAAUUGCCUUUGAGAAGAUGCAGGAGUUCCUUGAGGAGAAGCUGAACCUGUGGCUCGGCCAGCUGGAAGAUGUGGAGAAAGAGAUGGGGAGGUGGCAGGAAGAGAACCUCUCCAGACUCUCUGAGGAGAUUUCGCAACUCAGUGAGCUGAUUGUAGAGAUGGAGGACAGGAGCCAGCAGCCUGCGAGUGAAUUCCUGCAGGUGAGACUCAGCACAAAGGUGCCAGGUGGGCAGAAAGAAGGCACAAGCCUUUUGUUUUACGCAGUCAAGGAAUAGAAAGGGCAAAGGAAUUUCCUUGCUAUGAAAAGGAGCCCAGUGCUUGUUUUGUCUUGUGUGACUGACACCUCUUCCCCCCCUCUCUCUAUUUCAGGACAUCAGAAGUGCUUUGAGCAGGUAUGUGGCUGUGGCGAUCACACAGGGUCCCCGGACGUUUAACGGUCUAUUGAUCCCUGUGUCACCACUGUGUUCACUUCCCCGCUGCCACCAACCAGUUACUCUCUGGUAAAACACUGAGUCCAGUCAGUUGUUAAAAGCGAACCAAAAAACCAAGUUCAUUUUACAAACAUUAACAAGUUUAUGGUUUCUCAGAUAAUAUUCCUGUCAGUAUCUUAACUUUUGUUUCUUUACCAGCCUAUACCUUCCUAAGACCUUCUGACUGUUCAUUAAAUAGAUCUAUAUCCCGUGCUUUUUUUUCUGGGGGUAACAGGGGGACACAUGCCCCUAAACAUUUUGUGAAUCUAAGUUUGGCCACAUUGACAGGUAGUAUUUCAAUAUGAGUAGGAAAAUGAGGGUACAGUGGACGCUCGGGUUGCAAACGUGAUCCGUGCGGGAGGCACGUUCGCAACCCGCAGCACCAUGUCUGCGCACGCGCGGGUCACGAUUCUGUGCUUCUGCACAUGUGUAAAGCACAAUUUUGGCGAGCGCCGAAACCCGGACGUAACCCGUUCUGGUACUUCUGGGUUCAGCGCGGUGCGCAACCCGAAAAUGCAUAACCUGAAGCGUCUGUAACCCGAGGUACCACUGUACCCUAAACAUUUUUUUAGGGGGGAAAGCACUGUAUAUAUCUAUACAGUGGUACCUCGGGUUACAUACGCUUCAGGUUACAGACUCCGCUAACCCAGAAAUAGUCCCUCAGGUUAAGAACUUUGCUUCAGGAUGAGAACAGAAAUUGGGCUCUGGUGGCGCAGCGGCAGUGGCAGACCCCAUUAGUUAAAGUGGUGCUUCAGAUUAAGAACAGUUUCAGGUUAAGAACUGUUACAGUAAAAUCUGGGUGUGGGGCUACUCUGCCACCCAGCUCGUUGGACUAAGUCCGCGGGUCCCUCCGGAAGAAAAAUGAGCUCAGCCGGAGACAGGAGCAAACUGCAGAAGAUCCAAGUUUAUUGCGCAACAGGUUCAAGAUGAGAUUGAACAGCGAGAAAGGGGUGACAUGAACUUUUGAAAUUUCCCUCCAUGUCCCAGAAUACAGUGCAAAAUACAUCCUAGUUACAUCAUGAAUACAUUAAGAAGAGGUUGGGUUACACAGAUUACAUCAUGAAUACAUUAAGAAGAGGUUGGGUUACACAGAUUACAUCAUGAAUACAUUAAGAAGAGGUUGGGUUACACAGGAUUAACAUACGGAGGAGGGAGGGGGGAUUAUGCAGAGCUGGAGAUAUGCGCAGAUAAGCACAUCCUGAGAAGACAAUGGUCCAUGUAUGCAUAGUCUGUCACCUGGCAUCGCCCGGAGGAAGGGCUUGGCAGAGCGAUUUGACAGGAUUAGGGUCUUGACACCUUGCUUGAGGGAUUAUGGAGGACAGAGGAGGUGUCAUGGAGUCCUAGAGAAAUUGAGCAAAUUGGCACGUUGAUUUUCUAUGAAUUUUAUAGAUUUUAGUCCCUUUUGACAUUGGCAAUUGGAAAUAAAUGGAUAUAUUGUAGUGAAGAAGAAGGUGAAGAAGAAGACAUGCCCCCCCCUUCCGUAUCAGAACGAAUUAAGUUCUUAACCCGAGGUACCACUGUAUAUCUCUUCCUUAUUCCCUACAUCUAUAUAACUCUUCCUUAUUCCCUGACCAUAUUCCCUUCCAGGCAUGAGAAGAACUCAGUAGGGCACAUGACGGACCUUUCUCCGAAGAUGGAAGAGGCGCUCAGGUUUGCGUCGCAGAAAAACUCUGCUUUAGAAAAGGCCUUGGAGAGCUCUCAAGGUAAUUUGGGUACCUUAAGGAGGGAAAUGGAGGUCUCACAGUAUGCACCAGUUCCAGGCUGGGUUCAAGGAAAGUAAGAAACCUUAUCCUGUCCCUUCCCUAUUGGUGGUUCUUGGUGGUUCUUUUAAGACGCAGGAAUGCUGUAUCAAAAAGAAAAAGAAAAAAGCCUGCUGCUGUGCUUUGCUUCUCCAUGGCUUAAUUUUCUCUCUCUAUCAGUACGGAUCUUUUACUCCCCUUCAGUCUGAACAAGGGUAGUGUUGAAAGGGGUGGUGCUUCACAGAAGCAGUUUAGAAAGUGGUAGUUGCAGAAUGAAUGACUGAUGAAUGGGAAGGCUUCUAUACACCCCAAAAGCCAUGAAAGACAGAUGUUCAUUGCCGCUCACAGUAAAAACUAGGGGUAGUCUAACAACUGCAUAAGCUUUCUGCAAGCAAAACAGGACAAUUGCUGAAUAAAUAGUUACUCUGAGGGGAAACCCCCAAAGAUCCACUUGGUUUGAGAGGGUUGUGGUUUUUUUCCCAAUGGUGAUAUUUAAAUUUGUUUCUCUUUCCUCUUCUUAAUAGAUUCUCUGACACAAGCCCUAAACAAAGGUAAAUUAUCUUUAAAGCAUGUGCCCCACAUUGAUAUGGGAAACUUCCGAGGGGAUUGAGUUGUUAUUAUUAUUAUCAUCAUCAUUAUUAUCAACAACAACAACAAUAAAAACAUUUAUUGAAUUUAUAGACCACCCUACACCCGGAGGUCUCAGGGUGGUACACAGAAUAAAAAAUCAAAAUAUAAAACGACAAAAUACAUCAUCAAAAUAAGAAGGACAACAUGGGACGUGGACAAAAGCCCCUUGUUCAACGAUGUGAUGAUCAGAUGACAUUUUGCAACUGACUGGGCCAACCUUUUUGGGAAAUUCGGUCAGAAGUAUCUAGGCUGGGGGCUGGUUAGGGUUGAUCUGAGGGGAUUGUAGAAGGGUUGGCAUGUUCAUGAAGACAGGAGUGGGGUAGAGCCUAAGACUGUGAGGUGUGAACUCAACUCUGCCGCCACUUCAAAUCAGCAGACAAGCUCUUAACCUUACUGAAAUAUACUCGGAGUCGAGAGUGGAUUUCAUGCUCUUUAUUCAGCUCAUAGUGGUGAGGAGGAAAGGAAGUUUCCCCAGAAUGUCUGCUUUAUAUACAUUAUUUACACAAUGGGCCCCACGUGAUUGGCUAAUUCCGGGAUUCUCCUGUAGGCCAAUCAGGUUGCGGAUUCACUUCCACCUGGAGCUGGAUUGGGUGGCUCCUGUGGACCAAUCAGACUGCUGCGUUCUGGAUCCUAUUGUUCUAGGACCAAUCAGACUGCUGCGUUCUGGAUCCUAUUGUUCUAGGACCAAUCAGACUGCUGCAUUUUGGAUCCUAUUCAACUCAGUACAUAACCCCUUACCUGUUUAUUCACCUGUGAAACAUCUUGAGUUGACUGAAAAUACAGUGGUGCCCCGCAAGACGAAUGCCUCGCAAGACGAAAAACUCGCUAGACGAAAGGGUUUUGCAUUUUUUGAAUCGUUCCACAAGACGAAUUUCCCUAUGGGCUUGCUUAGCAAGACGAAAUGUCUUGCGAGUUCUUGCGAGUUUGUUUCCUUUUUCUUAAAGCCACUAAGCCGUUAAUAGCUGCUAAGCUGUUAAUAGCCGCUAAGCCGCUAAUAGCCGUGCUUCGCAAGACGAAAAAACCGCAAGACGAAGAGACUCGCGGAACGGAUUAAUUUCAUCUUGCGAGGCACCACUGUAACCUCAACAAUCAAAACGAUUCCGCAUGUCAAAUAAAUCAGAUUCAAUGCAGAUCAGACUGGCAUGGGGUCUACCAUCACCCGUCCUCUCUCUCUCUCUCACUCUCUGUCUCUCUUUCUGUCUGUCUGUCACGCAGUGAGUGUGACCCUGGAUCCGGAAACUGCGUCCCCAAAGCUCCUCGUCUCUGAGGACCUGAAGAGUGUGAGAAGGGCGGGAAAGAAGCAGGAUCUGCCCGACAACCCGGAGAGAUUUGACUGGAUGCCCUUUGUGCUGGGCCGCGAGGGAUUCACCUCAGGAAGGCCUACGUGGGAGGUGGAGAUUGAGACGGUAGACCAAGCCAUGUGGGCUCUGGGUGUUGCCAAAGACUCAGUCAGGAGGAAGGGUCCGUUUAAGCUUAAUCCGAAUGAGGGGGUUUGGGCUCUGAAGAAGCAGUUUGGCGAGUCCUCACCUUUUCAGCUCGUGGCUUUGAGCUGCCCCGAGCCGGUCUCCGUGACUGUAAGGCAACUGCCCAGGAAGAUCCGGGUUUCCCUGGAUUACGAAGGGGGUCUGGUGGAAUUUUUUGAUGCCGACGCCAACGAAUGUCUCUUCACUUUCUUUGCAGGGUCAUUCUUGGGGGAGAAGAUCCGCCCCUUCUUCCUCUUGGGUUUGGGAGUCACUCUAAAGUGUUGAAUUUUUUUGUGGUGGGGUGUGUGUGAUGAGCAGGGAAAACCCCCCACCAAAACCCACCACCCUAAGUAGUCAGCAUUCUGGAACCUUCUCAGAGGUUGCUGUUUUAAGACUUUUAAGGCCUCAAAAAUAGAAUAAAUACUCAUAAAUGCACACAUAUCUAAAUAUAUGAACCAUGUGUUUGAAAUAGUACAGGAGAGCAAUCCUGAAGCCAUUUUGACUCUUCCAGUGACCUCAAAUAUUCCUCUGCAGUAAGGAGGAAGAUGGGGAAAGCCUUCCCUUUGUGUUUUUGCUUACAAAUCCUGUCUUAAAGCGCAUAUUUGUGUAUGAAUAGGGUGAGCCUGUGAGCUGGAGUCAGGAACUAAAGCAUUAACCAUCAGAAAAGAAUGGCCAGAUUGCCCAGGUAAUACAAUCAGUGACCUUUAUGAGGUAUCCUGACAAGCAGGAUUUCUGCUGGAGACCACCUCCUUCUGUGAUGUAUGUAUGAUGUUUUGGGGGUGGUCUUGGGCUACAGGGUGGGCAAUUUCAAAAGGCUAUAUAGGGGUUUGCGCACCAUUGUUCUGGAUUCCUCCUCCCUCCUGCGUGUGGUGAGUGGGGACCCUUUUGCAAUAGUUUAAUAAAGAUCAGGCUUACUAGCUGCUUUGCUUCUCAAUAUACUCUGGUUGGCCUCUGUUAUUUUCUCCUACCGAUAGGGAACAUUAGAAGGACUCUAUAUGGGCUCCUGGAUACCUCAUAAAGGAAAGAGGAGCAGUUUUUCUUUUAACAUUGUGUAACUAAGAUCAUGGCCACUGGGCCCAUCACCUCCUGGCAAAUAGAAGGGGAAGAAAUGGAAACUGAGAGAUUUUACUUUCUUGGGUUCCAUGAUCACUGCAGCAGUCAUGAAAUUAAAAGACGCCUGCUUCUUGGGAGAAAAGCAAUGACAAACCUUAAAAAGCAGAGACAUCACCUUGCUAACAAAGGUCUGUAUAGUUAAAGCUAUGGUUUUCCCAGUAGUGAUGUAUGGAAGUGAGAGCUGGACCAUAAAGAAAGCUGACUGGCGAAGAAUUGAUGCUUUUAAAUUAUGGUGCUGGAGGAGACUCUUGAGAGUCCCAUGGACUGCAGGAAGAUCAAACGUAUCCAUUCUUAAGGAAAUCAGCCCUGAGUGCUCACUGGAAGGACAGAUCCUGAAGCUGAGGCUACAACACUUUGGCCACCUCAUGAGAAGAGAAGACUCCUUGGAAAAGACCCUGAUGUUUUGAAAGACGGAGGUCAUAAGGAGAAGGGGACGACAGAGGACGAGAUGGUUGGACAGUGUUCUCGAAGCUACCAGCAUGAGUCUGACCAAACUGCGGGAGGCAGUGGAAGACAGGAGUGCCUGGCGUGCUCUGGUCCAUGGGGACACAAAGAGUCGGACACGACUAAACAACAACAACAGGGGCUAAACAGCUUUCAGGCAGGACUUCCAGUUCCCAAGGUUUUAGGACCCUUCAUUGGCAAAAGCAAACAAACAAACAAAUUGCAGAGUUCAAGGAUUCCUUUGGUGGCUGUGCUUUGAAAUAAAUAUAAUAUCUUAAAUAUCUUAAGGGCUGUCACAAGGAAGUUGGAGCAAGCUUGUUUUCUCCUGCUACAGAGGGUAGUACCCAAACUAGUGGAUUCAAGUUACAGGAAAGGUGACGGGCAGUUCCCCAAAAUAUUAAAAAGAAGCUAUAAUACGUUGAUGCAGUGCCAAAGGUGAGAGGAGAGAAAAUCAAGGGUUCUAGACAUUGUCACUACUUCAUCUCAAUCUUUUGACCCUAAACAGAGGAAAGCCACCCUUAUCUUGCUUCUUUGUUUAAAAGUUUUUGAGGGAAGAAGACAGGAUUAUGUUGAAGCAAAAGGAAGCAUCUAGCACAGUUUGAGUUUCCUUGCACUGGUUAUGAUAUGUAGGAAGGAAUCUGUUGCUCCCUUCACACAUUAGACCUAGACCCAGCACUGAACCACUGCCUUCUCUUAAUAGCUGCAAAAGUACAGCUGCAGGCUGCUCACAGGUGGAAAGGCAUUCCAAGAAAUAGGGACCACUGUGCAAUUGGGCUUGGUCCUAUUUGCACAGAGUGCCUCUGGGUGAAUAGAUGCUCUCAAGCCGACAUCCCUUUGCAAAUGUCCAGGGAUCUUGUGACGCAAUCCCCACUUGCCCUUUCUACUCAUGGGAGACCUUUCACGCAGGCAGCGUGAAAAUGAAGCUUAGGUCUGUAUCUCCCUUGCAAGUGUAUGUUUUGGGGCCUGUAGCUUUCUAGGUCUGGUGUUUUGUGAGUUUGAUCUGGUUUGCAUUCACACUUCCUAGUCAGUCUCGGAUUUACGUAUAAGCUAAACAAGCUAUAGCUUAGGGCCCCACUCUGUUGGGGGCCCAAAAAAAUUUAAAGGAAAAAAAACCUGGAUUUACAUUUCCAAAAUAUAAGAUAAAAAAAACAAAUAAAAUGGAACCUACGGUACAUACAGCAACAGUGUUUUGUGUUGUGUAGGCUCCUAUGAUGUACAUAUUUUGUUAUGUGCAGAUGGCUUUAGAUACCUGUUGGGUCCAUAAAUUACCAUAUAGCAUAUAUUCAACACAGAAAACAGUGACAAUUUGUUGUUGACAAAGGAGAGCAGGACAUACAAAGGGCCCCAUUACCUUCAGUAGCUUAGGGCCUCAUCAAACCUAAAUCCGGUCCUGUUCCUAGUUCACACUUCCCAAGAUUAGCACAGAUACAAUGAUGCAAUAUAUGUGGAGACAUUUGAAAGCUAUUUCCAUGUUCAUCUUUAAAGAAAUCUUCAAUUCAGAAACACAUGGAGACCUUCCCCUUUGUGAAGAUGCUUGCUGCUUUUGCUGAUGUGUGAAAUCCUGAAUGUUACUUGCUUGCUCUUUGACAGCCAUGGAGAAAAUAAAGUUUGUCUUC